AUGGCAACUGCUCAGAAGCAAAGGAAUUCUGUGAGUGCAGUUGUAUUUCCCAAUAAAAUUGCCACGGAGCAGCAAUCCCUGAUGCUGGUGAAGAGGCUCCUGGCAGUGGCAGUGUCCUGCAUCACUUACCUGAGGGGAAUCUUCCCUGAAAGUGCCUAUGGAACCAGAUACAUGGAUGAAAUUUGUGUGAAAAUUCUGCGGGAAGACAAAAACUCUCCUGGCUCUAGCCAGCUGGUGAAAUGGAUGUUGGGAUGCUAUGAUGCCUUGCAGAAGAAAUAUCUGAGACAGAUUGUCCUGGCAGUUUAUACCCAGACAGAAGAGCCUCAGACAGUCACUGAGUGUUACCACUUCAAGUUCAAGUACACCCACAAUGGGCCACUCCUGGAUUUUGGCAGCAAGGACAAGUCGGAGUGCCCCAUCAGCUGUGCAGACACCAAGAGGGCCAGCAUCCUCCUCAUCCGCAAGAUCUACAUCCUGAUGCAGAACCUGAGCCCCCUGCCCAGCGACGUCUGCCUCACCAUGAAACUCCUCUACUAUGAUGAGGUUACCCCCCCUGAUUACCAACCCCCAGGCUUCAAGGAGGCCAAGGACGCGGGGCUGCUGUUCCAGGAGGAGCCCAUGUACCUGAACGUGGGGGAAGUGCCAACGCCCUUCCACCUGCUGAAACUGAAAAUCACCACGGAGAGGCAGCGCAUGGAGAGCGUUGAUAAGAGCAUCCUGAAGCAGGGAGAGACUGCUGAGCCCCUCCAGGCGUGUGGGGUGAGCAGAGGUGACCCAGAGGAGGAGAGCCAGGACAUGAAUGAGGAUCCUGCCUUGGAUAAUGAAGUGGAAGAUAAGAAUCAUGUGAAUAUUUCAGAAGCUCCAGGAAAGAAUUCAGCUCAUGGAGGUGAAGCUGGAGGGAUCCAGACUCCUGCCCAUGUUUCCAAUCCUCAGGUUGAUCAUUUGACCCGCAAAACAUCUGAGCUGAUUGUGUCAGAGAGCAGGACAAGAAGUGGAAAGAUAUUCCAAAGCUGCAUUCUGCACCCGGCUGAGCCCUCCUCCAGCCAGGAGGUGCUGCCCAAGAGGAGGAAGCUCAGCGAGCCCAGGGAGCGGUUUUAGUGCCCAAAAGGAGGAAAUUCAGCAAUUCCAAGGAGCCGUUUUAGUGCCCAAAAGGAGGAAAUUCAGCAAUUCCAAGGAGCAGUUUCAGUGCCCAAAAGGAGGAAAUUCAGCAAUUCCAAGGAGCAGUUUCAGUGCCCAAAAGGAGGAAAUUCAGCAAUUCCAAGGAGCAGUUUUAGUUGCCCAAAGGAUGAAGCUCAGCAAACCCAACGAACAGAUUUAGUUGCCCAAAAGGAGAAAUUCAGCAAUUCCAAGGAGCAGUUUUAGUUGCCCAAAGGAUGAAACCCAAGGAGCAGUUUUAGUUGCCAAAAGGAGGAAAUUCAGCAAUUCCAAGGAACAGUUUUAUUUCCCAAAAGGAGGAAAUUCAGCAAUUCCAAGGAGCAGUUUUAGUUGCCCAAAGGAUGAAACCCAAGGAGCAGUUUUAGUUGCCAAAAGGAGGAAAUUCAGCAAUUCCAAGGAGCAGUUUUAAUUCCCAAGAGGAGGAAAUUCAGCAAUUCCAAGGAGCAGUUUUAGUUGCCCAAAAGAAGAAGCCCAAGGGAGCAGUUUUAGUUGCCCAAAAGGAGGAAAUUCAGCAAUUCCAAGGAG